UAAACUUAUGUUAUUGAUAUCUGUCCAAUGAAGAUGCAACACGUCUAAUACCCAUCUAUCCUCUCUCCUGUCUCUCUUCACUUUUCCACAUCCAUCACCACGCAGUGCCCCAACGCCUCCACCACGGCGAAAACCGUCGUGAAGUGCUGCACUGAAAUCCAACGCCUCGACAAUAACAACACCUAUUCCCUUCCUCACAGUCCACUUCAAACCCAUGGACUCCACACCGACAACAACAACCUCAAUUUCCACGAUGACGACUUCAACAGGGAGCAUAACAGCGAGAGCGAUGCGGUGGCGGAGAUGGUGGUCGCGAUCAAGGUCCUCCACGACGGGUUUGUGAGGAUGGAGCAGAUGAAGAGGGAGAUCGAGAGCAUGCUGGUGGAGAUGGACUGCACCAAGAUGAUCCUGGACUCGCGGCAGAGGAUCGUGGAGUACUUGGUCUUCACUGUAGAAAAAUCAAAAGUUUCAUCGAACCACUUUUUUGUGGGUGGUGGGUUCCAACAUGAUCCGAUUUGGGUUUGGAAGAAAGGAAUUCCUCUAGUUUUUUUUCUUUUCCUAUAAUUUGUGACGGUUUUUAAUUCUCACGUAAUUAAUUGUAUUUUUUUUUUUUUUAAUUCUCUUAUACUUUAUGAUAAUUUUUAAUCCUUUGAAUUGCAUUUGAAUUUUAAAUUAAAAAAAUGUAAUAUAGGUUUGGGUUUAUCUUAAAAAGUCACAUAUUUUAAUUUUGUAAAAAUAAUAAUAAAAAAAUUAUAAGAAUUAAAAAUAUAUUUUAACCUUUCUAAAAUUUAUAUUUAAUAAUACAUAAGAAAUAAUGGUUACAAUGUUGAUAAAGGAAACAAACGCACAAAGAAAUAAUGUCAUUCCUUUGUUAUUUUCUUAAAAAAGUCAUGGGUUUAAGUUUCUUUAAGAUUUUUUUUUCUUUUUAUUUUUCACUUCAUUUCUUAUCCUAUAAGCGUUUACCCUUCUUUCUAAAUUCUAAUCCUAAAGAUUUAGACCAUCUUAAAGAUUUUACCCUUAUUUCUAAUCCGCUGGAAUUGAAACUAUCCGUGGUGCAAAAUCUGCAAAAAAUCUCUGAUUGAGCAAAUUUAUCUUUUAACCAAAAUUGUAAUAAAUUCAAUCUGGUUGAGAUUAUUACCUGUAUUAUUUAGUGUUAAAAUAUUUAAUUAGAUAGAGGAAACAAUAUUUGAUCUCCUUUGUUCAUCUUUUUCUUCUAUUUGUUUUUCUCUCUCCUUUACCUUUUUCUCUUUCUCUACGUAUAAAUCUUCAAUUCAGACAAAGGUGUAUUACGAAAUUGUUAUAAAUACUAAUCCAACAAUCCUAAACUAUACUACCAAUUAGUACAUACCAAAAUACAAUUCCAAAUUCUUUCAACUUUGCCUUCUUGGUUUACAACUCCAAUUAGUCACAAGCUGUAAGCAAUGGCCACUGAACAGAAUGUUUCCUUCCAAUUCGAAGGUCUUUGGGUCGUAGCGGUUGAUGAUGACACCACUAUUCUUGAAAUCAUUAAACAAAUGGGUUUUAAAUGCCAUUAUCGUGUUGCCACAUUCUCUGAUGCCCCAGAUGCUUUGAAUUAUGUUCUGGAGAAUAAAGAUCGCAUUGAUGUGAUACUCGUUGAUGUUCACUUGCCAAAUAUGGAUGGCUAUGAAUUCCUUAAGCAUAUCAAUAAGGAAAUUGAUAUCCCUGUCAUCAUCAUGUCUGUUGAUGGUUCUACGAGUGCUGUGAGGAAGGCUAUUACACAUGGGGCAUGUGAUUAUUGGACCAAGCCUUUCAGUGAGAACCAAUUCAAGAUUAUGUGGAAGCAUGUUGCUAUGAAAGCCUGGAAUGAAAAGAAGCUACAAAAAAAAGAUUUUUCUGAAUUUGCUUCUUCUGUUCUUGAUGCAAACUUGAAGGACCAAAAAGAGAUCAGUUCCAAUUCCAAAGAAUCUGAUGUUGAUGAUUGUGAUGCACAACCAAAGAAGCCCCGUAUAGCAUGGAAAGGAGAACUGCAUUGCCAAUUUGUCAAGGCAGUGAUGCAUAUUGGGCUUGACAAGGCACAGCCAAAGAAGAUUCUUGAAGUGAUGAACAUUCCUGGUUUGACAAAAGACCAUGUUGCCAGUCAUUUGCAGAAAUAUAGAUUUGAUUUGAAGAAAUCUAAUGAAGUGGCUGUGCAACAGAAUGAGAUGCAAUUGCCAAACAGUAUACAAUCAACAGAACCUAUUGAUUGGUUUAAUCCUGAGGGUUGGACCAGUCAACCUGAUGAAUCUAUCUUGGAAAGUGUUUCUGUUCAAUCUCAGAAUCAGCAACAAGGAGGAGGAUCUUUGCAUGUCUUGCCACCACCACUAGAUGGAUUUCGAAUUCAAACAGAUUGGUGUAAUAUGAAUUUCUGAAUGGCUAACAUUCAGUAAACUUUGAUUUUGAUGGUCUUAAUGCUUAGUUUAUGAGUAACUUUUAGGCAUUUAUGUGCUUGAAAGUACUUUCGGCUGGAAAUGUAGAUUCUAUGUUCCUAGAAAGUAUAGGUUUUGGUAUCAUGUGUAGUUUAAGAGUAUUGUCAGUUUUGUAUACAAUAUUUCUUUUUAAUUCAUUGUUCAAAGUUUGAAUUUA